CGGGGCGCGGCGAGGGACAGAUCCGGAGAUCGCAGGAUGGGCUCCUCCGAUGGGCUCCUUUGACUGGGAGGAGGAGGAGGAGGAGAAGGGACCGCGCUGCGGGGGAGGAAAGCGAGCAACCGCCCCUGCAAGGAAGAUGCGUUAAACGGGCCCCCAAAGUAGACCAGAAAAUCCAAAAUGAGCAGUGAGACCAUCCCCGAGGAGGUCUCCUCCCUCCCCACCCAAAGCCAGCAUUACUUUGACCGCUUCUCAGAAGAUGACCCUGAGUACCUGCGCAUCAGGAACAUGGCUGCCGACCUGCGCCAAGACUUCAACCUGAUGGAGCAGAAGAAAAGGGUCACCAUGAUUCUGCAAAGCCCUUCUUUCAGGGAGGAGCUGGAGAGCCUCAUCAAGGAGCAAAUGAAGAAAGGAAACAACUCCAAUAUCUGGGCCCUCCGGCAGAUUGCAGACUUCAUGGCCAGCACUGCCCCUUCCGUCUUCCCGCCUUCGCCCUUGAACCUGUCCACGGUGACCCCCAUCAACGACCUCCAGGGCUUUGACUCCACGUCCUUCGCCAAAGGGGAGAGGCUCAUGCGCUGCAAAGUCAGCAGCGUCUACCGGCUGCUGGAUCUCUAUGGCUGGGCACAGCUCAGCAGCACCUGCGUCACGCUGAGAGUCAGCAAAGAACAGGACCACUUCUUGAUUUGCCCUGUGGGCCUUUCCUGUCCUGAAGUUACAGCUUCUAGCCUGGUUAAAGUGAACAUCCUGGGAGAAGUGGUGGAGGCAGGCAGCACCAGCUUCCCAGUAGAUACCCGUAGGUUCAGCCUGCACUCUGCCAUCUAUGCAGCCAGACCAGACGUGAGAUGCAUCAUCCAUUUGCACACGCCAGCCACUGCCGCAGUGUCUGCCAUGAAGCACGGCCUCUUGCCCAUUUCCCACGAUGCACUUCUGGCAGGGAACAUGGUCUACUUUGACUUCAAUGGGGAGAUGGAGGAAGAAGCAGACAGAAUCGAGUUGCAGAAGUGUCUAGGACCCACCUGCAAGGUUCUAGUGUUGCGGAAUCAUGGUGUGGUGGCCUUGGGAGACACGGUGGAAGAAGCCUUCUACAAGAUCUUCCAUUUGCAGGCUGCCUGUGAAGUGCAGGUCUCAGCCUUGUCCAGUGCCGGCGGAGCAGAGAAUCUGAUAGUCCUGGAGCGAGAGAAGCACCGGCCCCAUGACGUUGGCUCUGUCCGGUGGGCAGGGAGCACCUUUGGACCCAUGCAGAAGAGCCGGCUGGGAGAGCACGAGUUUGAGGCCCUGAUGAGGAUGCUCGACAACCUGGGCUACCGGACCGGCUACGCCUACCGCUAUCCGUUUGUCCAGGAGAAAACCAAGCACAAGAGUGAAGUGGAGAUCCCAGCCACCGUCACGUCCUUUGUGUUUGAGGAGGACGUAGCCCCCAUCUCAACUCUCCGGCAGCAUGCCCAGAAGCAGCAGAAGGAAAAGACCCGCUGGCUGAACACACCUAACACUUACCUGCGGGUGAAUGUGGCCGAGGAAUGCCAAGGCAGUGCCAGCAGAACCAAAACCACCUGGAUGAAAGCAGACGAGGUGGAGAAAACCAGCAGUGGAACACCAAUCCGAAUUGAAAACCCAAACCAAUUUGUGCCUCUCUACACAGACCCACAAGAAGUUCUGGAAAUGAGGAAUAAGAUUAGAGAACAAAACCGCCAGGACGUGAAAUCAGCCGGACCCCAGUCCCAGUUGCUCGCCAGCGUGAUAGCAGAGAAAAGCAGGAGCCCGUCUACAGAGAGUCACUUGGCAGACGGAGAGAUGAAGGAUGUAUCCCACAACGAGGUUCCUCCGGAGCCGGAGCCACCAAACCCUUUCAGUCAGCUGACAGACCAGGAGCUGGAGGAGUACAAGAAGGAAGUGGAAAGAAAGAAACUGGGUCUCGACGAUGAGAAAGACACAAGCCUGGAGGAAGAGGUGACAGCCCCUUUGGAGUCGACUGCAGACCCCACAGUCCAGAGCCCAGCCGAGCCUCCGUUAAAAAGCCCACCCAAGACUUCGGAAGGUGGGAAGAAGGCGGACGGUGGCCAGGCGCCUGCCGAAGCUGACCAGAAGGCGGACGACCCAGGCACGGUGGUGGUGAACGGCAAGGAGGACGAUCAAAACAUAGAGGACCUGCUCAGCAAAGGAAUGAGCCAGAUGACCACCAACGCAGACACCGACGCCCCUAAGGACAAAACAGAGACGGUCACCAGUGGACCUGUGUCGCCUGAGGGCUCCCCAUCCAAGUCUCCUUCAAAGAAGAAAAAGAAGUUCCGGGCCCCGUCCUUUCUGAAAAAGAGCAAAAAGAAAGAGAAGACAGAGUCUUGAGGGCCUCUCCUGGAUGCUUCUCCCUGCUCUUCUUCUUCUUCUUCUUCUUC